ACUAUUGCGUCUUCAAAGCAGCUGCUUCCAUCCUCUGCAGCAGAGCAGACAGCUGUUUUGGAGCGUUUGACUGCGUUAGUCACAAGCGUCAGUGGCAGCAGGCAGGUUGUGGAGCUCAGAGAGCCUCCAGCGCAGGGCGGGGGUCUGGCUUGAUGGGCUCGUUUAGUAUUCCCGUCCUUUGGGUGCGCAGUCUUUCCAGAUCCGCGUCAGGCCUGCAGCGACUGCUCGUCUUCUGCUGCCUCUCCAAGGUGACUCUCGGGCCCGGUGCAAGCUCUGAGGAUCCGGAGCAAGACACGCGAGCCUCAUCCGGAGCGGGAUAUGCGCCCGAGUUUUUCUUUUGUCGCUUUGUUUUUCUCCUGCGGUAAAGGAGGAUUCCACCUGCGGGGACGCCGGAGAUCGCUAUCAGCCGCCUCCCUCUGUUUUUAAUGGAAACGCGCAAUCACAAGAAAUGGUUGCAUUUGGCGAAUCUGCCGUUCCGAGUGUGAUGUUCCGCUGAGCUCGGUGCGGGGGGUGAAAGUGUGCGCCAGCCGCUGCGGGACUGAAGGUGACUCGCGCCCCGCCGCAGUCGAGGCAAUGCGGAGAGCCGCUCAUCCGGUACUUGCUCUGCGACCUGGUGGAAAACAUCCUCUUCCUCAGUAGAGGGAGGAACCGUCACUGACUCUCGGCGAUCACCGAUUCGCGCAGUCGCUGGAUAUUCGGGCGAAGAGUUGUGGUGCAGGGCGGUGCGGACAGCGAGGGGCGGCGGGGCUGACGGAAGGACAGAGCCCGGUUCUGCACUAGAAUCGUUUUAUUAGUAGAUGUGUAUGCAUGAGUUCUGCAUCGAAUGGGCGCAAAAACCGCCCCAGAUCCACCGGAAACAUCUUCCAGAUCGGCAAGCCUCCACACCGAGAGUCACAGCGGAGGGAGAGCACCGAGAGCAGCCGCAGAGCCCAGCGCGCCGUGGCCGACUGCAGGAUGAUUGUGCAGGAGUUCAACACACUGGUGGCGCUCUAUCGUGAGCUGGUCAUCUCCAUCGGCGAGAUCACCGUCGACUGCCCUUCUCUGAGGGCGGAAAUGCUCAAGACCAGAACCAAAGGAUGUGAGAUGGCCAGGGCAGCACACCACAGCCUCUCGCUGAUAUCAGGACCCGAGGACGGGGAGAUCCACCCGGAGAUCUGCCGGCUCUUCAUCCAGCUGCAGUGCUGUUUGGAGAUGUACAUCACUGAGAUGCUGAAGUCCGUCUGCCUGCUGGGUUCCCUGCAGCUGCACAGGAAAGGUAAAGACGCCUGCGCCCCUCCUGUGCUGGACAGUAAGUGCGAGGAGAGCUCUGACAUCCCCAUCCUGGAGGACACGUCGUCCUCCCCCACUGACUGCCCACAGCUCUGCUGGCUGGUGGCUACUGACAUAGAAAACAUAGAAAAGGACAUGAGGGAAAUGAAGAACCUUCUCAGUAAACUCAGGGAGACCAUGCCUUUACCACUGAAGAACCAAGAUGACAGCAGUCUGCUGAACCUGACUCCCUACCCGCUGGUCCGACAGAGGAAGAGACGGUUCUUUGGACUCUGUUGCCUGGUUACCAGCUAAGGGCGACGCCUUUGAGUGGUAAAGGCAACAUCAAAGACACCAUCACCCACCGUCCUUCACCGCGCGUGUCUCCCACCGAUCUCUUACUGCCAUUUUCCAAAAAAAGAAAAAGAAAGAAAUCUAUCUCUUACACGUUCCUUUCCAAAAGCUGCCCAUUUUCUAUUUUUAUUUUUGGAAUACCGAGAAUUGUUAUGAUGAAGACUGAAGUCCUCAACAUAUAUUUUAAGAUACUUUACAGACAGGUUUCCCCUACCUUUUCGGGUAGCUGAGAUCAGAGGAGAAUGCAAGGACACUCAGUAGACGUCAGUGUUUGAUUAUCAUGAUCGAAAAUGUGGAUUCAUGUCUAAAAAAGGGAAUUUACAUGUUUGUUCGUCCGGAUUCAUGUGAUGAAACGUGUGGAGGGAGGUGCUGGUAAAGACCUUUGUUUGUCUCGAUGAGAGGUUCGUGCAGCGUCAGUCUGAUGUAUAUUACCGUCCCUGGUUUUCGUUUCUUAAUGUUUCUCCUACUAAAUGUACUUGAUUUAGUCUUCCAUGAACCAAAAACCUGUUCCCAACUUCUUUCUCUUUACAACUUGAAAUGGAACAUACAGUCGAAAACUUCUUUGCACACGGCAUCUAUCUAUUAACUGAGACGUUAGAUGUGUAUAUAGCAUCCAUCGAUGGGUUCUGUUCAGAGUUCUGUAACUCCGGGAAGUGCAGCAUGUGUCAAUGAUAGUUAAUAUUGAUCAUCCAUGUGCGGGUCAGACAGAGAUAGUCAAAGGUCAAAGGUGA